AUGGAGAAUAAAAACAACGUAACUGAAUUCAUUCUGCUGGGCCUUACACAAAGUCCAGAGCUUCGAAAAAUUUUCUUUGUCAUUUUUUUAAUCAUUUAUAUUAACACAAUAAUAGGAAACACACUAAUUGUUAUAACCAUGACUUCCAGCCGAACUUUGAGAUCACCCAUGUACCUUUUCCUAACCUUCUUAUCUAUUGCGGAUGCUACCUACUCUUCAGUUGUUGCUCCAAAGAUGAUUGUGGAUUUACUCUAUGAGAAGACAAUCAUCUCCCUGGAAGGCUGUCUGGCUCAGCUCUUUGCAGCCCAUUUUUUUGGUGGUGUAGGCAUCAUCCUCCUGGUAGUCAUGGCUUAUGAUCGCUAUGUGGCCAUCUGUAAACCCUUGCAUUACAUGACCAUCAUGAAUCCUCGUGUGUGCCACCUUUUGGUGGCAGCAUCCUGGAUAGGAGGCUCUAUACAUGCCAUCAUACAACUCUUUUUCAUAGUUCAUCUUCCCUUCUGUGGCCCUAAUAUUAUUGAUAACUUUGUGUGUGAUUUGUUCCCAUUGCUGAAACUGGCCUGCAUGGACACCCAAGUUCUUGGCCUUUUCAUCAUUGCUAACAGUGGAGUCAUGUGCCUGUCAAUUUUUCUCCUACUGACUGCCUCCUAUAUAGUUAUCCUCUCUUCCCUGAAGGGUGUUAGUUCAGAAGGAAGGCGGAAGGCCCUUUCUACCUGUAGCUCACACUUUACAGUGGUGGUCUUGUUUUUUGUUCCCUGUAUUUUCUUGUAUGUGAGACCCGUAGCCAUUUUUCCUAUUGAUAAAGCUGUAAAUGCAUGUGCUACCACGAUUACUCCCAUGUUAAACCCCUUGAUCUACACCCUUAGGAACAUAGAGGUUAAAAAUGCCAUGAAGAAACUCUGGAUCAGAUGA